UUAAAAUGAACUUAAAGCGUUUUUAGACUCGAAAUUACUAAAAGACGAACACAACAUUAAGCCAGAUUUUAACAAAACAAAAAUGGGUGUAGAAAAACUGUAUGAAAGUGAUAGUUUUCUUGUGGUUAACAAACCGUUUGAUAUGUAUAUCAACUCCGAUGAUGAGAAUGAGAAGAAUACGGUGACCCAACAUAUUGCAUCUCCAGAUUCCCAUUUGUCAACCUCAGCGAACCCUCUGCAUUUUGUACAGCGACUGGAUUACUCAACGAGCGGCGUGAUGUGCAUAGCGAAGACCAAGAGUGCCGCAGGGCGCGCCGGGCGGCUGUUCGAGCGGCGGCAGACCAAGAAGUACUACCUGGCCGUCGUCCGCGGGCACCUCAAGUACGACGUGGCGGACAUCGAGUUUGAUGUUGGCGUGGACCCUCUCACAGCGACGUCCAGCCACAGGAUGGUAGCCAAGACGAGCAGCGCGUCCAAUGCUACAGAGACCCGCGCGGCCCACACGCGGCUGCUGGCGUUAGAGACCGGGCACUACGAGCGGGACCCGGUCACUGUGGUACUGCUCAAGCCGAUCACUGCGUCUCUAGUGAGACGGAGACCCGCGCUAGACACCAGGUACUACGAGCGGAACCCGGUCACUGUGGUACUGCUCAAGCCGAUCACUGCGCCUCUAGCGACGGAGACCCGGCUGCUGGCGUUAGAGACCGGGUACUACGAGCGGGACCCGGUCACUGUGGUACUGCUCAAGCCGAUCACUGUUCUCCUCCAUACCGAUAGGUACUGUAAUCUGGAGCACACACGUCUGCUGGCGUUAGAGACCGGGCACUACGAGCGGGACCCGGUCACUGUGGUACUGCUCAAGCCGAUCACUGGUCGUCGCCAUCAACUCCGAGUGCACUGCGCGGCUACGGGACACACGAUCCUUGGCGAUUACACAUACAGCGACACCCUCGACACGGCGCCGCAUAGGAUGUUCCUGCACGCUACAAGGCUAGUUCUUCCCCUCGAAGCCGAGCCUCUGGACAUCCAAACUCAAGAGCCGUUCUUCGCCGAUUCCCAAUUUAGUAGCAAGUUCAAAUCCGAGAAGGUUCUGCGGAAGUACCGGACGAAAGCGGACUUCAAUGCCGCGUGUGACAUCAUUGACAAGACUUACGAACGUUUGUUUUAG